AUGAGUAAAAGCACCUCCAAGUCUCACUUGUAUCGUAACCCCCUCCCGCUACUACUUUCCAGCGACCACUACGGGCCGGCCCCGAACCUAAUUCCUCACAAUCCAUUGUCCUGGAUCGUUUUUGGUUGGUGGUAUGUGUCCACCGUAUGUAAACCAGUCCCUCACCAAACUGUCCAGGUAGUAUACGCAGACCACCAAUUCAAGGUCUACGACGAUGUAGAUAUUGCCAGGUUAUGGCAGCUGGGUUUUUUUGGCAAGGGCUCGCUUUCCCGGUCGGACCCAUCGUGGAAAAUUCGGACAAUUCGUCGACUUGGGUUGAACGACCCAGAAGGUGUAGCUGGGUUCAGUAGCGAAGAUGUGACGAAACAGCGGCGGGAAGAAAGGCGAAAGUUCAAACACGAACGAGCCAGAGUUCAGCAGUUGGAACUUGAAAAAAGACAAGGCACGUUGUCGGAACAAGACAACAAUGAAUUGGUCGAGUUGCAAGAAAAGUUGAAGGCAUGGCGGCAUCAGGCCACGGUGGCGGUAGAGACGCCGGUAGUUCCCGCGGAGUUGAGACCAGAAGACGAAGCUUUAUUGGAGCCUGGAACUCGUGAUUUGACGACCAACAUUGAGUAUCUCCAGUUGCAACCAGUGGAGUUUUUCUUUCUUUAUUUUGCUCUUGGAGUGACUCAAUUGCUGCCACCGCGGUCGUUUCUGGAUACCUUAAACACUCUCGUUCCGAGUCCCCUGGCUUCGAGCAGUUUUCUCGUGGAAUACGCCGUCUAUCAUCAUUAUCGGUCGCUAGGCUGGUGUGUUCGACUGGGCAUCAAAUUUGGCUGCGACAUGCUUCUUUACAAGCGAGGCCCUCCAUUCAGCCACGCCGAGUUUGCCAUCAAAAUUUCGACCACUGAACCCGAUUUCCACUAUGAGUGGAGCGACAUUUCGGCUUUAGCCCGAGUGGUGGGUGGGGUGAAAAAAACCCUAGUUUUGGUGUAUGUGGAAGUGCCCAACGACGCCCAAUUUCAGGACCAGUGGCACAAUGUGAACAGCGCAGACAACUUUUUACAAUUGCUAAAAACCUACAAAAUCACCGAAAUUCUCUACAAGCGGUGGGUCCCCAGUCGCACCCGAGACUGA